AAAUUCCUUGGUACUUUAGACAAAAUUUCAGAAAAAGAAAAUCAGCAAGACCCCAAAGAAAAACUACUGCAAAAAACUGAGAAACUGAAAGAUUAUUCUUCCCAAUGGCAGCAACUUCCUCAUACAUGGCUUCAACAAAAUUCUCCAUGUUGGAUUGGACAAGAACCAAAAGAGAACCGAUCAGAAAGAGAACUGUUUUUCCAAUUUCAGCUCAACAAACUGAAGUUCAAGAAGAAAUCACAGUAAAAGAAAACCAAGGACAAGAGGAAAAUAAGCAACAGCAGACAAUGAAGCCACCAAGGCCAGUUGAGCCACAAUUGAAUGUGAAGAGCAAGAACAUGAGCAGAGAAUAUGGAGGCCAGUGGCUCAGCAGCACCACCCGGCACGUCCGGAUAUUCGCAGCCUACAUUGAUCCAGUGACCUAUGAAUUUGAUCAGACACAGAUGGAUAAACUCACCCUAAUCCUCGAUCCAACCGAUGAAUUCGUCUGGAAUGCAGAGACAUGCACUAAGGUUUAUUCUUACUUCCAAGAGCUUGUAGAUCACUACGAGGUAAUUUUCUCAUAUGAUAUAGAAAAUUUAGUGGCCAUUGCAUGUUAUAGUUAUCCUUCUUUUUUGCAUGUUUUUUAGAACUGCUGGUCAUAUUUGGUUCAAUAUGAGUACAGUAAUGGAAGUUUGAUGAUAAGUAAAAGGCCUAAUAGCAAAUAAUUUUUUCUCAACUAUAUUUGUUUGUUUAGCAGAUAACAAAUGUCAAGUAAUAGACAAGGUUAUGUCUUGAAUGUUGUAAGUAUUUACGGCAGAGAGAGAGAGAGAGAGAGA